CACCCACACACACACACAUUUCAGCUCACAGCGCAGGCAGAGGAAGCGAGAAGCGAGCCACCAAGAAACCACCCAAAGGUUUGCACAAUGGCCGCUUCUCAGCUCACCAUCCUCUCCGUCCUCGCGCUCCUGGCCGUGGCCGCCACCGCUCAGGCGCCCGGAGCGGCCCCCGCGGCAGCGCCCCAGGCCCCGCCUCCACCGCCGGCGACCCCGCCCCCGGCAAUGGCGCCCCCUACCCCGGCGCCGGUGUCCCCGCCCCCUACCGCGGCCCCGGCGCCCGCGCCCACCGUCGCCCCCACGCCCUCCGCCACCGCGCCGGCGCCCGCCGACUCCCCGAUGUCCUCCCCUCCGGCGCCCACCCCGGACAUGUCGCCCUCGCCCACCGCCGAGCCCGCCACCCCGGGCAGCGGCGCCGCUGGUCUCCGCCCCGCCUUCGUGCUGGCUGCCGCCGCCGCCGCCAUCUACGUCUUCUAGAUGACCCGACGAUGUAUCAUUUCAUUGUUUCUUUGCAGCUUUUGUUCCAUUUCUCCCCCUCUUUGCCCCCUUCCGUCCGCACAUUGGUAUACCCUCAUCUUCUGCUGUAAUUACGAGCAUUGAUUUAAUUUAUGCAUUUCACCAUUAUUCUUCUA